AUGAGCGAAACUCAAGGAUACCGGCCCAUUGAGGACUAUGGCAUCAUCGGGGAUAUGCACACGGCUGCGCUGGUCAGCAAGGACGGAAGCGUGGACUUCAUGUGCUGGCCGGUCUUUGACUCCCCAUCCAUCUUUUGUCGGCUACUCGAUAAAAACAAAGGUGGCCAUUUUAGUAUCAUGGCAGAGCCAUCACAGGGUCUACCAAUCAGCAAGCAACGGUAUCUGCCCUACACGAACAUCCUUGAGACACGAUGGAUCCACGAGGAUGGGGUCUUGAAUCUGUACGACUUCUUCCCUGUCUCCAACGUGAAGUCUCCGCAGUCGGAUCGGCAUCUGACCGGGUACUGCGGCUGCACAGAACCGGGCGGGAACCGCUGGAAGACUGGUGCAAGGCACUCAGGUAUCGUCCGUAGAUUAGAAUGUGGUCGGGGUGAGAUGGAACUGAAAAUGGAACUAUUUCCGGCCUUUAACUAUGCUCAAGAUGGCCACACGGUUCGUUCCAACUUGUCAAAUGAAACCUCACAGAACAAACUGCAGACAGUAUACUUCGAUGGGCUUCAAGAACGGCUGCAGUUGGACAUUUGGGUGGACAGUCGAAGGGAGGGACCAGGUCACCCAAAAACCGUUUUCAGAUUGGAAGACAGGCCAGGCUUCCUUGGACCGGGUCUCGUGGCCGACAUUCAUAUGGAGGAAGGACAAGACAUUAUAUUUGUCCUGCACAGCCCAGAGAAGGCUAUCCCCGGAUCUGCCCAAAUUGCAUCGUAUCUCUCUCGUCUAGAAACGGAGACCUUCGAGUUCUGGACAGAUUGGAGCCACAAGUGCACAUUUCGCGGCCAUUAUCGUGAGACUGUGGAGAGAAGCUUACUGAUACUCAAAUUGUUGACAUACAAACCAACAGGGGCUGUCAUUGCCGCACCGACAUUCUCCUUGCCAGAGAAUAUCGGUGGCUCACGCAAUUGGGAUUACAGAUACUCAUGGGUUCGCGACACAUCCUUCACUCUAUACGCAUUCCUGAAAAAUGGAUACGAGGAAGAGGCAGAAGCAUACAUUACAUUUAUCUUCAAACGCGUUUUCCCCCCCCUAGCCAAACAAGAAAAGAAAGAUGAACACCGUCCGUUCUUGCCAAUAAUGUUCACCAUCAGAGGUGACUCGGAAAUCCCCGAAUAUGAACUGAAUCAUCUAGACGGAUACCGGGGGAGUAAGCCCGUGCGGAUCGGCAAUGCCGCAGCUUUCCAUACUCAACUAGACAUCUAUGGCGAGUUACUAGAUAGCAUUUAUAUGUACAACGCCAAUGCAAAGCCGAUUCAGUAUGACCAAUGGCUCGGAAUCCGUCGAAUGGUGAACUAUGUCAUGGAAGUACGCAAUGAGCCGGACAUGUCCAUCUGGGAAGUACGUGGAAAGCCUCAACAUUUCCUUUAUUCCAAGAUGCUUCUCUGGGUUGCUCUCGAUCGCGGCGUGCGCCUUGCAGAGAAACACUCUACUCUUCCAUGCCCGGAUAGACACGAUUGGGUCCGUGUACGCGAUGAGCUAUACGACGAAAUAAUGACCAAAGGGUUCAAUAAGGAAAAAGGAUUUUUCUCUCAAAGCUAUGAGAAUACAGAAGUCGUUGAUGCUGCGCUCAUGAUUGCCCCUCUAGUGCUCUUCGUCGAACCAAAUGAUCGCCGUUUCUUGAGCACAUUGGAGAAAGUUCUUGAGCCGCCGGAGAAGAAUGGUCUAACGAGUGCCAGUAUGGUGUUCAGGUAUGACCAUGAAAAGGCACAGGAUGGAGUCGGUGGCCGAGAAGGGGCCUUUAUCAUGAUCACAUUUUGGGCUAUUGAAUCUAUGUUUCGGGCACUAAGAUACACAAACACCCUCCCCAGCGGCGAGGAUCUGCGGCGAAAAGCCAUCGCAAGUUUCGAUAACGUGCUCUCCUUCGCCAAUCACUUGGGAAUUUUCUCCGAAGAAGUGGCUAUUAGUGGCGAAGCUAUGGGAAAUGUCCCGCAAGCGUUCAGUCAUUUGUCUUGUAUCAGUGCAGCGAUGAAUCUGCCGGAGAUUCCUCGUUAA